GGAACCCAUGUCUGGAGGGCCAGGAUGUGUUUUCCACGGUCAAAGAGAACAGCAUGACAGGAGAACUCAUCGCUGAGCUCAACACAGAGCUGACAGCCAAUGAUGUUGUCUGGAGCCUCACUGGGGAGGACGCUGAUUGGUUCUUCCUAGAAAGGCGGAGCAUCAGACUCAAUGCCCCAUUGGACAGAGUUCUGGACCGGGAGGUAAAAACGAUAGCACAACUUCGUCACAAUGAUUACAGGGUUCUGUCUUGGUUUAGUUGACUCAAACAACAACAAACAACACAGUCAUGUGCAGAUAUGAAGCAUUAUAUAUAUAUUGUGUGUGUGUGUCUGUGUGUGUCUCAGAUGCAGGGCCCAGUCCUUAUGGCAGCGUUGACCUGCUAUGAGGAGGACGCUGUGCAGGUAGAGACUGUACAUUUCUGAAAAUAUAUUUGUCCUUUGUACCAAAGUGAUUUUACCAUGGAUCCAAAACUUCUAAAUGUGUGUGUGUGUGUGUUUCAGAGUGAGUACAGGAUCAUGGUGGAGAUUCUGAAUGAGAAUGAUAACACUCCUGAUUUUGUGGAGAGCACCAUACAGCCUCACAGCAUCAGUGAGGUAAGUAGCCUACACUACAUACAUACUCACACACACAGACACACACACACACACACACACACACACACACACACACACACACAGACACACACACACACACACACACACACACACACUGUCACACACACACACUCUCACACACACACACUCUCACACAAACUGAAGCCGAUUAUUGCAUGAUGUCCAUGUCUAGCUGGCGGAGGUGAAUACAGUGGUGUUUACAGUCCAGGCCACAGAUGCAGAUGACGACACCAUAAUGUACUCCAUCGACCAGACCUCGGUACUGUAUCAAUAAAGUUUUAUACAUAAAUAAAUACCAGAUUUUCUUACUGUAUCAAUAAAGUUCUGCAUUGAAAUUAGUGUGUACAGUAUUUGUGUGGGGUCUCUGUUCCAGCCUGAUGCUGCCUACUUCAGAGUGGAUCUCCCUAACAGUGGAGAGGUGAUACUGGCCAAGCCUCUGGACUACGAGACCAAAACACAACUGAAGAUCACCAUAUAUGCUUCGGUACACUAAAUACACCUAGCCUACAGUUACUGAAAGAACUUGGCUGCGCCUACCAUCUGCUUGAUAUAUUUAAGCAAUAAGGCCCGAGGGGGUGUGGUAUAUGGCCAAUAUACCACGGCUAAGGGCUGUUCUUAUGCACGACGCAACGCGGAGUGCUAGCACACAGCCCUUAGCCGUGGUAUAUUGGCCAUAUAUCACAAACCCCUGAGGUGCCUUAUUGCUAUUAUAAACUGAUUACCAACAUAAUUGGUAUAUUGUCUGAUAUACCACGGCUUUCAGCCAAUCAGUAUUCAGGUCUCGAACCACCCAGUUUAUAAUUUAACCAAUCAGAUUGCAUGACUGGAACUAAUAUCUCAGUCUGAUAUACAGUCUGUGUGUGUGUGUGUGUGUGUGUGUGUGUGUGUGUGUGUGUGUGUGUGUGUGUGUGUGUGUGUGUGUGUGUGUGUGUGUGUGUAGGAGAUGAACACUGUGGAGAAGUUCAACACCAGUGCCAUCCUGACCGUGAAUAUCUUGGAUGGAGAUGACCAGUACCCACAAUUCCUGCCGUGCACGCCCCUCUCUAGCGACCAAUCGAAUCGUGUCUGCACCAACCCCGUCUACACGGUUAACAUCACAGAAGGCGAACAGGUUAGUGACCAGGGUUAGGGUUAGGUGUUGGUGGUAGGUGUUAGGGGUUAGUGGUUAGGGACUGACGUAUUGUGUUAAUGUCAUCUCUGUUAUAGGACGUUCUUCUGGACUUCUCUCCCGGGCCGAUCAAUGCUGUGGAUGGAGACAGAAGCCUCAGCUCACCUCUCAGCUAUAGCAUCCUGUCAGGUACAACACACACACACUCACACAAACCACCAUUGUUUAGCUUUACAAUGAAAUGCAACGUAGUAUUAGGAGUUGAUAAUCACUGAAAGUAUAGUUUACCAAGCUACCAAUUACUUCACACUGGAAGAAGUUAAGCUACACUAAAGCUACUCUAAAGAAAAAUAUAGUUUACUUAACUAAAGUUACUUUGAAAAGUAGUUCACUACAUCCAAACUACUUGAUGAAAAAUUAUCAUCUGUAAUGUCACAGACUACAAAUUGCAAGGACAGAUCACUUUGGGGUCAUAUCUUAACAGAAUGUGCAAUUUAGCCUAUUAAACACAAAAAUUAUGUUGGAAGUAAGAAUUAGGCAGGUCUGAUGCCGAAAAUGAAUGGAAAUGAUUGCCAACUUCACCCAAAUGUAAUUCCAGUAGUUAGUUACGCUGCUACAUGGCAAAAAAUGUAAUUAAGUACUGAAAACACUACCUAGAUUUGAAUUUAGUUCAACUACCACCAAGCUACUGCAAAAUGUAGUUAUAUUACUAGUUGAACUACAUGUAGUUCACUACUCACCAACACUGUUGAUAAUAUAUGUUGUCAGGGGCUGAUAAUGGGCGUUUCGUGAUGGAUGAGCUGACAGGGGAGGUGCGUCUGAUGAAAGGAGUAGAGAACAGACUACAGACACCGACACUACGCCUACGGGUCAUGGUGAGACACACAGGCACACACAUGUAAGGGUUGGGGUGAGGUGUGACCCAGGUGCGGUGCAGGAUAUACAGUAGGCAGAGAUGGUGAAACAAGGAUCUUUACUGGUGGUCCCGAAGCCAAAAUACAAAAUAACGAGCUUAUCACGACAAAGGAAAGGCGGAGCAAAUAAGUCUCCAAAAACCGUCUGACAGCCAAAAUACGAAAUACUACCUAAGACUGAAACAAAUAACGAAACUGGAAGAACACUUUUCAAGUACCUGUACAUAGAUCUCUGAUUAGACACUGAGUAGUACUGCUGGACAUAGAGAAACUAGCAGAGAAAACUGAGCAAGGGAACACAGGGAAGUGAGGGCAUAAAUACACAGGUGAACCGAUAGACACAGGUGACACCAAUAGGAUGAUGAUUAGUCCCGACUGUGAGUGAGGAGGUGCCUAAGGUUGUCAGAGGAUGACACCUAGUGGGUCGCUCCGGAACUGCGACCCCCUCCUGUAACACACACACGCACACUUAUGCAGACAUAAACAUGACUACAGAGACUCUUAAUAACUGAAAUCUCUCUCCCCCUCCUCAGGCGUACCAGAGGAAUGACCCUAGGAAGUACUCAGUUGCCACGGUGGUGGUCCGUGUUGUGGCUGUCAACCGCUUUCCUCCCCAGUUUGGUCGGGCCGAAUACCGUGGCUUUGUCACCGAAGGCAACAGCCCUGCCUCACUGGUCAACACAUACGGAAACAUUGUGCUGCUGCUACAGAUACAGGACAGGGACUUCUCUGAUGUAUGCACACACACACACACAUGCUCAUACACACAGCUAGACUAUGCAUAGUGUAUUAUUCUGUAACUUCAACUCUCUCUUCUCUCAAUUGGUAGGGGAUCAAUCCCAAGAUGCACUACUCCCUGAGGUCCUCGUCCAAUCACACACAGUUCUACCACAUCACACAGGAGGGGCUUCUGAUCGCCAGGACCAAUCAGCUACGGCCAUCACAGAAACACCGUCUGAAGGUGGGCUUUGAUUGGACAUAACAGUAUACCAGAGAACAACGUAAUGAUGGACAAGCUGCAUUGGUGAAGCUGAUGAUGAUGAUGAUGAUAUCCUGCAGGUAGUGGCUGUGGAUCUGGAGUCAGGUGACAUGGCCACGGCUCUCAUAAAGGUGGAGGUGCUGUAUGAAGGACAAAUAGGUAACACAGACACACACACACACACACACAAAAUCAGAAUCUGUGUGGUCGAACUUGCUCUACAGUUCAUCAUCAUCAGUGUGUGUGUGUGUGUGUGUGUGUGUGUGUGUGUGUGUGUGUGUGUGUGUGUGUGUGUGUGUGUGUGUGUGUGUGUGUGUGUGUGUGUGUGUGUGCAUAUGUGUGUGCAGUCCCUCAGGGCCCAUUGGGGAAUGGGCGUCUCCAUGGUAGCUGUGCAGUAGGCAAGGCUAUGGGUGUGGUCAUCCUGGGGCUGACUCUGUUAGGCUGUGCUCUGUAUGCACUGCAGCAUGUCCUCCGGACAUACAGAGGACUGAAGGACCCAGAGGACAGGGGCUGUAUAGCCCAGGGGAAACACCCCAAUGUGGUGAGAUACACUGACACUUCACCCUAACCCCUUUUAACUUUUAACCUCAAACAUUUAGACAUUCUGGUCCUGUGCUCUGACCCGUGUGUCUCUCUGUCUCCUCUCCCCUGCUGGUCUAGAGAUUACAAUGGUUCCAACUGGUGAGUCUCUACUCUUCUCAGUUGCGUGUGUGUGUGUGUGUGUGUGUGUGUGUGUGUGUGACCUUUCCAACUGGUGAGUUGUUAAUAGAUACAGGAGCAAGUAAGCUAACAUCACAUAGUGUAGCAGUGAGACAGUCAGUCAGCCAUUUUGAUGUGCGUGUCUUUUCUCCCCAGGUGAGUCACAGUAGCUCCAUGCCGGUCCUGGAUGAGGUGAAGUUAAAAAAGGAGGGUCUGAGCACCUCCACAAAGCUACUGGGCAGUCAGAGCAUCUACACCCCUGCAGACUCUGACCCUUCUCCACUCAACGCUUUACCCAUAGCUACACCCUCAACGACCUACAUCCAGCCUAGACUACCCAGCUCCACUCCUACAGACCCUAAUCAUGGCCCUGCUUCACACAACUCCACCCAUACACCUGCUACAACCAUCACACCUGAACUACUCAAGACAUCCACUCAACUCCUGGGCUAUUCCAGCUCUAGCACCACCCCACACCCCUCACCUACACCUACCCAUGAUCAGAUAGACUCACCUUUACCUACGCACCCCUCCCCUAUUGCAGAAGCAAUAGGUAUACCCACUCAGGUAGAAGAGACACCUAAAGACACACCCCCUUCUACCUCACCUACCCAACAGCAGGUACACACACCUUUACCUCCUCCCACUCCGAUCAACUCACCCCCUCACCCCACACCCCCUCCUACCUCACCUACCACACCUCUCCCUCGCUCACCUACUCCAGACCCGAUACACAAUCCUGAGUGUACAGGAUAUACUCACACACCUUUACUUACUCCACCCUGUCCAGAGCAGGACAGGGUAGGGACACCCCCACCUAAACCCACACCAGGGCAAACACAUACCCCUGUACUGACCAUCACCUGCCCAGAGCAGGUAGGACCACCAGGGUACCCUGAGGAGCGCAGACCCUCCACACACAGCCCUGAGACAGCCUCCAUUGGUGAUGAUGACUGCUUCCUGGGGGAUGAAGAGGCCAUCAGGACCAGUGAUGAUGAUGAUGAAGAGCUGGUGAGACUCUAUUCUCACAUACAGCCCACAUUCCUGAUAACAGACUACGACAAUGACAUCACUACUGAGAUCCCCGCCAGUGGUGGAGAGGAGGAGGGGACUGGAAAUGGUGAAGGAGUGGAAAGAGAGAGGGAAUGGAUAGAGGGAAACAAGGGAGGGGCAGGGAGAGUCAGGGAUUAUAUGGAAGGAAAGGGGGGUCAUUUGGAGAGCGAAGCGGAUAGUUCGAAAAAGGGGAGUCAAUCAUCUCAACCCUGUGAUACAGAGCAGGAAAUAUCAGUGGGCCAAUCAAAGGACAGAUAAACAGUAUCCCAGCAACACUCUGUUGCAACACUCUCUAACACACUCCAGUCACUGAAGCCAAACAUUUUGGAACGCUCUGAAACACGUACGCACAAACACGCAUACACAGACACACACACACGUACACUGAUGACAUUGGAACAUCCUAGAUUUGCCUCAACCAAGUGUUUGUGAAACACAACACAACAGGCCAUGUGUCUGAGAUAUAGGCCACACUCCACUUGUAAGGCCUAUGACUUGAGUUUUUUGUGUUACAGUGCUGUUGUUGAUGUUCUUAUUGUGUUCUAAAAUGGUUGAAGGGACUCCUGCACACUGUGUGUAGGCCUACUUAUACAUGAAUAUGUAUCAUGCAUCUGUUUAUUGUCCACCCCUUUAACCAAUCUUAUUUAGUUUUUACUAAAACCCCCCUGUGAUAAGAUGUUACCCUACUUCAGUGCUAGUCAUGAACUUCAUGCUCACGUAGUUCCAAUAGUCAUGUCCACAACAUGGGAUUUGUAAUGAUGGUCACGAGAAAAUGCAAUAGCAAAUGUUUUUGUUGUUUUUGGAUUGUGUGUUCUUCAACUGUAUUUCUGUGUAGCGUGAUGUACAAUAUGAUGACCACAAUUGUCAUGUUACAACAAACAUCUCAGUCUGUCUCUAUAUAUCAGUAAAGCAUCAUGUG